AUAAAAAAGAAACUAAAUAAACAUGGAAGCAAAAGAGAAGAGAAAAGAAGAGAAGAGAGGAGAGAGUGAGAAUUAGAGAGAGUGAGAGAAAGUGAGAAAGAAAGAGAGAGAGAGAGAGGGGAAGAUAAAAGAUGGGGUGCGGUGCCAGUCAGCCCUCCUCUCCCUCCUCUCCCUUCCUUCGCUCUCCCCGCUCCCCCCCUGGAAAGACAGAAGGAAGGGGAGUGGGCCUCACUAAUGGCAACGCUCCGGUGUCCGUGGCGGGGGAGGAAGUGCAGGUGGUGGAGGAGGCGCGGGAGGUGCCCAAGAGCAUGGAGAGCGGCGCCUUUGAACUCCCUGAGACUGACUUCGAGGAUGGUCGUCUGGGGAUCAUGACGCUCCCUACCUUCACCUUGCCACGCCCGCAGGAGGCCGAGGCGGUGGAAAACCUGAGGAACAGCCUGGCCCCGGAGGAACUGUUCACCGAUGACUCCUUCCCGGCGGACCCUUCAUCUCUCUUCCUGUCGGGACGCGCGGACGCAGAUGUGGUGUGGCAGCGACCCCAUGAGCUGGUGGACUCUCCCUACUUGUUCGUGGACGGUGCCAGUAGGAGGGAUGUGGUGCAGGGCGCGCUGGGAGACUGUUGGUUCCUGUCCUCGUGUGCCGCGGUGGCCAGAAAACCCAAACUGAUAGAGAGGGUGGUGCCCCCGGACCAGGCGCUGGACGGGGAGGGGUACACGGGGCUGGUGGUGUGUCGGCUGUGGCGUUUCGGGGCGUGGGUGUUGGUGGUGGUGGACGACAGACUGCCCACCAAGAAUGACAUGCUCAUCUUUGCACGCAGCACUCACCCGCAGGAGUUCUGGGUGGCGCUGCUGGAGAAGGCCUAUGCAAAGCUGCACGGGUCCUACGAGGCUCUGGAGGGCGGGCAGAGCAUGGACGCGAUGGUUGACUUGACGGGUGGGCUGGCGGAGCGCUUUGACCUGGAGGACACGCCGGACAAGAGGCGCUUCUUCAAAUUGCUCAUGACGGCAUCCCGCGGCGGCGCCUUCAUCACCGCCUCCAGGAAGAAGGAUCAACCGUAUGACACUCAGUGGUUGAACUGCGGUGACUGGCGGCUGGCGUAUCGCACGGACGAGCACGGGCUGGUGGAGGGGCACGCCUACACAGUGUCGGGCGUGGCCACCGUCAGUCACGACUCCCUGGGGCCCGUUAGUCUGGUCAGAGUGAGGAACCCUUGGGCCAACGCCGCGGAGUGGACUGGCGCCUGGGCUGACGGAGACGAGAAGUGGUGCGGCGUGGACUCUAAGCAGAAAAAUCGGCUUGGGGCGGGUCGGUCGAGCUCCUCUCUGCGGGACGGUGAGUUUUGGAUGAGUUAUGAAGACUUCUGUGACCAGUUCGAGGAGGUGACCGUGUGCACACUGGGCCCGGACUACGACCACGACGGCACGGUGGACGCUGUGGGCCAGGUGAAGGCCAUCAGAGGGGAGUGGGUGGCCGGCAGCACAGCGGGGGGAAGCAGGAAUGACUUCGAAAAGUUUGCCACCAACCCACAGUUCCUGCUAAAGGUGGAUGAAGCAGAGAGUGACGGCAGCGAGGGUCUGAACGGCUCCUGCAGCGUGUUGGUGGCCGUCAUGCAGGAACACAGGCGAUCCAGGCGAGACUUCGGCGUAAAAAUGUUGCAGAUCGGCUUUGUGGUGUAUAAGACGAGGGACCCCACCAAACCUCUCCCAGCUGACUACUUCUAUCACCACUACGAGGAGAGCAGCUCAGGCGUGUACAUUAACUACAGGGAGGUACUGGCGAGGCUGGAGCUGACCCCGGGCUGCUACUCGAUCAUACCCGCCACCUUCACGCCAGACACCCCGGGACAGUUCAUGGUCAGAGUGUAUUCCCCGAGGCCAUUCCAUCUGUCACCCCUGCCUCCACCCACGACCCCGCCCGCGGCCUCUGAAGGGUGACGAUGUGAUGGUCAAGAAGGGAAGGGUGAAGGAAAGAAGCAUGUGAGAGGGGAAGGGUGAGAGAGGGAGAGGGGAGUAGGGGUGGUGAAGGAAAGAAAAUAGGGGAUAUGUUGAAUGAGUGAAUGAAUGUUAGAGAGAGAGAGAGAGAGAGAGAGAGAGAGAGAGAGAGAGAGAGAGAGAGAGAGAAAGCAUCAUUUAUCUUUGAUGUAAACAAUAGCACAAAACGACCAAGCCUUAUCAAUAAUAUAGAUAUACAAGUUAUGAACACGCUUAAGAGAGAGAGAGAGAGAGAGAGAGAGAGAGAGAGAGAGAGUUAUUUAUAAGUCACACUUAUAUUAGUGAUAAUUCUAAUAAUUUUUAAAAGGCUGACCAAUAGUUUAGUUGACUGACGUAGCUAAAGUGUGUGUGUGUGUGUGUGUGUGUGUGUCACUGUUGUCUAUGUAUAUAUCGAUCUCUUUCCCUGCACGUGGGUAAUGCAAGGCCGUACCGUUACCGUACCGUGCACCAAUGACUGACUUCGUACCAGCGAGAAUAUUACUGUACGUACACACACGCGGUCCGCACCCAAUUUUGUAAUGUAGGUGUGUUAUAUUAUAUGUGUGUAAUGUGUGUGUGUGUGUGUGUGUGUGUGUGUGUGUGUGUGUGUGUGUGUGUGUGUGUGUGUGUGGCUCUUGUUGCAAUGUAAAGUGAUGGGCUAAAUGUGUUCAUCCUAUUCCUCCUCCUCCUCCUUCUCUUCCUCCUCAUCCUCCUCCUCCUCUUCGUACUCCUCUUCGCCCUCCUCUUCCUUUUCCUCCUCCUCCAUUUUUUCGUCUUUAUUUCAUUAUGUCAUUGGUUCUUAUUUGGUUAUAAAGUGGUGGAUUAGAUUGUUAUUUUUCCUCCUCUUUCAACUCUCUUUCCUCCAGUUUUCAUCGUUCCUCCUCGUUAGCUUUUCCUUCUCCUCCUCUUCUUUCUCCUUUCCUGGUUGCUGCAUUUCGUCUCUCUGUUGAGGAAGAAUGACAGACUAAGAAGAGCUGUAAUCUUUUCUCAUUUUUUCUUUCCUUCUGUAUUUAUUUGUCCUUUUGAACUUAAUGACACUUUUAAAACUUAUAGAACGUCUUACUAGGAGCAGGAGUAGGAGGAAGAGGAGGAGAAGAUGGAAGAAAGGGUGGAUAGGAGAGGAUGGAAGGAAGAGAAGAAUGUAAAGGAAGGUGGAUGAGAAGAAGGUGGAGAGUGGAUGAGUGACGUGGAGUGAGAGGCAUAGAAAAAGGGAACUGAGGAACAUAUGUAAGAAAGUAAUGCAUUGGGGAAGGAAGGAAGACUCGGGUGGGGUUGGUGGGUGGUGGUGGCGGUGGUGGUGGUGUGUCAGGUGAGGCUGUGAGGUACGGGCCAGUAGACAGAGGAGCACCUCGCUGUGGUCACAGGAGCAGCUGGCGACUAUCGCAGAAGAACGGCGUAAUGCAAGGCAUCAAGGGAAGCUGUGGCUUGCUCCACUGACACUCAGGAAAUGGGCCUUGCAGAAGCUGACCAGAUGCACACAGGAAGUCUGUGAUCCAAAAGUGAGAGACGCUGGCUCUCCAUUUAAUUUACAUGUUUGUGAUGGUACAAAACACGUAUCACCAACACUGUGCUGUGGUCACCUGUCUCCAGGGUCUCCCUGCACCAGUUGGACCAACGUUGUGCCUGCCUGCCCACCCACCCGCCCGCCCGGGUACAAAAACACGUAUCGCCAACACUGUGUGCUGUGGUCACCCGUCUCCAGGGUCUCCUGUACCAGUUGGACCAACGCCUGCCUGCCUGCCUGCCCGCCCGUCCAGGAUGCCCUCCCUGGCUCACACUAGGAGGAGGAAGUGGCUGUGCUCUGAUUAAAAGUUCCCAAGUUCCCAUGCACCAAACAGACCAGCCCAGCCUCACACUGGAAAGGACAAUGUUGUCUGGAGUCAGCAACUUCGUUUCCCAACACUGAUUGGACCACCAACAUCCAGGAUGUGCUCCAUACCUCAACAUCUUACUAAAAUAUUAAGCCUAGAAAAUUUAAAUAAAAUAUCCAAAAAUUUGUAAAAAAUGGUUAAAGCAAGGCCUAAAAAACUGUACAAGUCCAAAACACUCUGAAGAGUCUCUGGAGAUUUUGUAAUGGAAAAAUUUGAUAAAAUUUAAUGAAAGUUAUGUGAGGGAAUGAAUAUCUCUUAAUUAAUCAUUAAAACACUAAUACAAAAUCUCCGGAGAGUCUUCCGGGUAUUUUGGACUUGACUGACUAAUUUUACAAUAUUGUUAGUCGACUACUAAUUUUACACAAUAUUGUUAGUCGACUAAUUUUACACAAUAUUAGUCCACUAAUUUUACAAUAUUGUUAGUCAACAUGGAAGUUCCAAGGAAUCUUGAAUUUGCUCUUUUUACACUGGAAGCUGGUCCACUUAGUGCUGGUGAUGGCUACUUCCUCCAGCUGUAGCCAUGAUGUGGUGGUGGUAGCAUGAAAUGCUGGCUACUCCUUCAGCCGUAGCCAUGAGGGGCUGGUGGUGAUGACAGCAAGAAAUGCUGUCACUUGCUCUGAAGGCUGGCUACUCCUUCAGCUGUAGCCAGCCAGCAGCCUCUCCUGGUGUUUCAUUUUCUUGCAAGCUGGAAAAUGGAGGAAAAGUAUCAAUAUAAACCUCAUACCAUUAAAAAGAUAUGAUGAAAUUGUCUAGCACAUACUAAAUCAGAGCAAGGAAGUGACGUAUGUAUGAAUGGCACAUUUAAAUCCCAAUAUACCAACAAGUAGUCUUUGAGCUUCAGCACAUCAAAACAAGAAAAACCUUACCUGUUAAAUCCUUGGUAUUCACUUGCUCCUUUCCUUGAUCUGUCUUGUGUCCUCAGACUGAUUAUUUCUUCCUUACUACGUACAGUGUCAUCACCACCACCACUGUCCACCACCUUGCUGAUAUUUUCACCCUGGGAAAAACUGCAGAUUGUACAAAUCAGUUAUAUGUAACUUGUAAUAAAAGUAAUCAGUUAUA